CGUCUCUUCAAACGAAUGUGCCUCCUAUUUCCUGACUAAAAUGGCGGCCUUUUCCACCGCUUCCGUCACCCCAGAAACCGCCGCCACUCCUCUAUCGCUUCCCAAGCCCUACCGCCCCUCAUCCGCCGCUUUUCUACGAUCGCUACCCCGCAAAUUCAACCGUUCUCCGAAGACCACCUCCCCUUCUGUUUUCUGCACCCUCACCAAGCAACCCAUGACGUCUACAGAGGAAGAAGUGAUUCUGCAACGCCCCGAUUCCUUUGGCCGCUUUGGCAAAUUUGGUGGCAAAUAUGUGCCUGAAACCCUAAUGUAUGCCCUUUCUGAGCUCGAGGAUGCCUUCAAAUCCCUCUCCGCCGAUAAUGAAUUCCAGAACGAGCUGGAUGGAAUCUUGAGAGAUUAUGUUGGACGGGAGACCCCUCUUUAUUUUGCAGAACGGCUUACUGAGCACUAUAGACGCCCCAGUGGUGAAGGGCCACAUAUUUAUCUUAAAAGGGAAGACCUUAAUCACACAGGAGCACACAAAAUUAACAAUGCGAUUGGCCAAGCUUUACUUGCUAAACGGUUGGGCAAGAAAAGGAUUAUUGCUGAAACUGGAGCUGGUCAACAUGGUGUGGCCACUGCUACUGUUUGUGCUCGGUUUGGUUUGGAGUGUGUCAUUUACAUGGGUGCUCAAGAUAUGGAGAGACAAGCUCUCAAUGUCUUCAGGAUGCGGCUGCUCGGAGCUGAGGUUAGGCCAGUUCAUUCUGGCACUGCCACGCUGAAAGAUGCUACUUCAGAAGCUAUAAGGGAUUGGGUGACUAAUGUGGAAUCAACUCAUUACAUCCUGGGUUCCGUUGCAGGGCCACAUCCAUAUCCAGUGAUGGUGAGAGAGUUUCAUGCAGUGAUUGGUAAAGAAACCAGGAAGCAGGCAUUGGAGAAAUGGGGUGGGAAACCAGAUGUGCUUGUUGCAUGCGUUGGUGGAGGUUCAAAUGCCAUGGGCCUCUUUGAUGACUUUGUCGAUGACAAAGAUGUUAGGUUAAUUGGUGUGGAGGCUGCUGGUUUUGGAAUAGAGAGUGGUAAACAUGCUGCCACUUUAACCAAGGGUGAGGUUGGAGUGUUGCAUGGAGCCAUGAGCUAUUUGUUGCAGGAUGAAGAUGGGCAGAUAAUUGAGCCUCAUUCGAUUAGUGCUGGCCUGGAUUAUCCUGGAGUUGGACCUGAACACAGCUUUUUGAAGGACAUAGGACGUGCUGAAUAUUUCAGCGUUACUGAUGAGGAGGCGUUGGAAGCUUUUAAGAGACUAUCGCGGUUGGAGGGCAUCAUCCCUGCACUUGAGACAUCUCAUGCUGUGGCAUAUUUAGAGAAAUUGUGCCCAACUCUUCCUGAUGGAGCUAAGGUUGUACUUAACUGCAGUGGCAGAGGAGAUAAGGAUGUUCAGACAGCCAUUAAACAUCUAAAACUCUGAAGAAAAACUUUGAUUGAAAAAUAGAUGUGCCAUCAGUGGUAGUGUUGAGCAAUUAGUUCAACUUCCAAGGGAACAUUCUUUUUGUUCUAUGGAUGAGUGGUUCGUACCUUGAGCAGAACUUUUUUGUUAUUAUACAUCAGAAACUUGGUUCUGGAGAUGUUGUUGUAGAUUUUGUACCGUUAUUGACUGAUACAUUCAUAAUGCAAUUAAGUUUCUUGAGAAAUAUAAUUCACUUUCAA